AUGUCUACGAACAAGGACUCAGAGCACCGACCCAUCGAAACUCUCGAUAUCACAGGCCCCGCAGACAUCGUCGCAGAACGAUGGCGGAAGUGGAAGAGAAGCUUCCAGUUUUACGUCGACGGUCACGGUAUCGACAACCCCGCUCGUCAACACAGUCUCCUGUUACAUUACGCAGGUACAGCUGUACAAGACAUACACGAAAGCCUUACGGAAGCGGCAACUGACGACACUAAUACGGCGUUCUCCCGCACUGUGGAUGCUCUGGACACUUAUUUCAAGUGUGAGCCCAACACGCCAUACGAACGCCAUACGUUUCGUCGGAUGACACAGAAAGACGGUGAGUCAGUCGAUCAGUUUGCAUCCCGUCUCCGCAUGCAAGCAAAACAUUGCAGCUUUCAAGACGAAGACGACCAACUUCGCGAUCAGCUCAUUGAACACAUUCGCGAUGCCCGACUUCGCCGCAAACUGCUGGAAACAGCCACCAUCAAACUCGCGGACGUCUUGAAAACCGCACAUGUUUGGGAGUCGGUCGAUCAGCAAGCCAAAGGCAUGCAGCACGCGAUAGCAUCAGCUCCCGUAGCGAGCGCCAGUGAUAUCGCAGCUGUGCGGCCACUCAAAUCGCUGCCGAAAGUCAAAAUAUCCAGCCACAAUGACCUGGUCUGCACGCACUGUGGUCGACCGGGACACUAUGCACGCUCCGAAUCGUGUCCGGCCCGUGGCAGGACAUGCAGUAAGUGCCACAAGCGUAACCAUUUCUCUUCGCAGUGUCGCAGUCACGGCGUCCUCGCUCCAUUUACCGGAUCUUCACAACGCCGCAACUCUGGCCACGCUGCUGACCGCAGACCACAACUGCCGCUGCAGUCCAUGAAGGGGAGGAGAAGGAAUCGUUUGCAUUUUUGA